AGGAUCAUCAUGUUUUUAGGAAAAAAAACAGGGGUUUGAAUUCAAAACACCUUCUCAAACACACCUUCUUACACAUCAUUCCUAUAAAUUCAAAAAUCCCCAAACUUUCCAUCGGUUUGAGAAACAACAACAACAACAACAAAAUUAAUCAACAGGUUUGGUUGCUGGAUUAUUGAACCCUGAUCCGACAGCAUUCGGACCCACCUUCCUCCCCUCUCCUCCAUGGUGGGUUCUUCAAUUUGUCAAACAUAUUGAGCUACAGAGAGAGAGAGAGAGGAUAUUAAUUCUCGCAUGAAGAAUCAUGAUACUGGCUUUGUUGGAAUAUCUUGAAGCUUGCUAAGGGACUUGCAUUAACGUAAAACAGGAAAAAUGGGUGGUUGUGCUUCAAGCCCAGUAAAAACAAUCAAGCCAAUGAAACUGCCGCGUUAUCGUAGCAAAAAGAAACAUAGGCACGACAAACUCAAGAAGAAGAAGAAGAAGAACAGCGAUUCAGGAGACUCGGCUGCGGUUACUGAGAAUGUUGACACAACCACCACUUGUAGGGAGUCAGUAUCUUCUAAAUGUACUCAUGAACCCACUCAGAUGGAUUUACAUAGCAGUCAGAUUGAUUCAAACGUCGACGAACGAUGGUUUGAUUCUGUCAGCAGCAUUGAAGAUUCUGAUUCAGAUGAUAGCUUUGCCAGCAUGCAUGGAGACGAUGAUCCAAAUUUGGAGAAUGAUCUUAGUUCCCAUGAACAUGAUGGUGAUUUAAGCCCAUCAAACAAGUUCAGACGUAGUUAUAGUAGCUACAACGGUGAUAAAAAUCCAGCCCGGAUCUUGAAGCCUGGUGGGCCCCACUUGUUUCAUUCUGCUAGUUUCAAUGAUAAAAUCACUAACACAUCAAAUUCAGGCUCACAGAAUCAGACAAGAAAGCCCACUGUUAUUAAGCUUGCAGUGAAGAGAGCCGAAGAGGAUCUCAAUGGAACCCGUGCUACAGAAAAGUUUUUUUACCGACCCGGAGCAGGAUUCUUGAUUCCAUGUUGUACGGAUGAGAAGCCGACUCGUGGAUGUUGGUCUGCUAUUGACCCGUCAAGUUUCACUCUCAGAAGUGAAAACUAUUUAAGAGAUAAGUCGAAAAAACCUGCUCCAAGUUAUUCCCCAUACAUUCCAUUUGGUGUAGAUCUGUUUGCGUGCACGAAAAAAAUCAACCACAUUGCGAAAUACAUCGAGCUUCCUUCGUUAAAAGGUGAUGAGAAAUUGCCACCUCUUCUCAUUGUCAAUAUUCAGUUACCUGGUUAUGCUGCUCAAAUGUUCCUUAGUGACAGCGACGGUGAAGGUGUGAGCCUCGUAUUAUACUUUAAACUCUCGGAAACGUACCAGAAAGACAUCCCUCUACAGUUUCAGGAGAGCAUUAAGAGUUUAGUGGAGGACAAAAUGGAAAAGGUGAAAGGUUUCAGAAAAGAAAAUGUGGUAGCUUUCAGAGAAAGGUUAAAGAUAAUGGUGGGUGUGGUGAACCCGGAUGAUCUUCUUUCGAGCAGCACAGAGAGGAAGCUUUUGCACACGUACAAUGAGAAACCGGUCCUUUCGCGCCCUCAACACAACUUCUAUCGGGGUUCAAAUUACUUUGAAAUUGACCUGGACAUUCAUCGUUUUAGUUACAUAGCAAGAAAGGGACUAGAUGCAUUUCGUGAACGCCUUAAAGACGGGAUAAUGAAUCUUGGCCUAACCAUUCAGGCUCAGAAGCCAGAAGAAUUGCCAGAGAAAGUUCUUUGCUGUUUGAGAUUAAACAAGAUUGACUUUGUGAAUCGCGGUGAAAUACCGAGGCUAGUAGCAGAGUAGCAGUUGAUGAGGAUUCAUGAUACAUGCAUGUUGUUGUUGGCCAUUGUGCAGGGAUUAAGUGUAAACAAGUUGAGUUUAUUAUCUCCUGAGCUUAGAGUUAGAGAAGGAAACUUGAUAUGGAGUCAACUACUAUAAGUUGUACAAACAUUGGCAUCCUCAUUACACUGGUUUUGUCAA